AUGAAUGGAAUGCAGAACGCAGGCGACACAGACUCCGGUAGUGGAAACCAGCAAACAGGAAACGGAGGCGGAGGUGCCAUUUCCAAUUUAAGCGCAGGUUUAAAAUCUGUCUCGCUCAGUGACCAGCAGCAGAAUGCAGUUAACUUAAACUUGUUACAACAGCAACUCCACAAUGAAGCGGCAGAUAAUGUGGCUACGCAGACCAGGAUCAGUCGUUUCUUUGCCAAUCAGCCCACUGAAGGCUACACCCUCUUUUCGCACCGGUCAGCUCCUAACGGAUUCAAAGUGGCUAUAAUAUUACUGGAACUCAAUUUACCUUUCAACACCAUCUUCUUAGACUUCAAUUCGGGCGAGCAAAGGGCACCAGAGUUCGUCUCUAUAAAUCCAAACGCACGUGUUCCAGCCUUGAUUGACCAUACCAACGACAACACCUCCAUAUGGGAGUCUGGCGCCAUCAUUUUAUAUUUGGUCUCAAAGCAUUUAAAAGAACACGGCGAAUGUGCGCUUUGGUCUGACAAUAUUGUGGAGCAGUCUCAAAUUUCUUCCUGGUUAUUUUUCCAGACUUCAGGCCAUGCCCCAAUGAUUGGCCAAGCAUUGCAUUUCCGGUACUUUCACUCUUGCCCUGUCCCUUCGGCUGUGGAAAGAUACACUGAUGAAGUUAGACGUGUUUACGGUGUAAUCGAAAUGGCCUUGGCUGAAAGAAGAGAAGCAUUGAUUAUGGAUUUCGACAGAGACAAUGCCGCAGCAUAUUCCGCAGGAACCACGCCUCUUAGCUCUUCCAGAUACUUUGACUAUCCAGUAUGGCUUGUUGGAGAUAGAGCCACAGUAGCAGAUUUAUCUUUCGUUCCCUGGAACAAUGUGGUGGACCGCAUCGGGAUCAACUUGAAGGUGGAGUUUCCCGAAGUUUAUAAGUGGACCAAGUACAUGAUGAGGCGACCAGCAGUGAUCAGAGCCUUGCGUGGGGACUAG